AUGUCGCUCGGGACGCUGAGGGCAUCCCUCUUCAGAUCUGUCAGACACGAGCGAUGGACGCGUCUGACACACUCUGGAGCUCGUCACUUAUCUCGAAAACACAUAGUGCCAACUGCAGAGGGAGCUGUUGAACUCUCGUACACCUCGAUCAUCCCGGAGAACGGUAAUGCGACGGAGAAACCGUUGGUCAUUCUUCACGGACUCUUUGGCUCAAAACGAAACUGGGGCUCGCUAUGCAAAACCCUGCACCGCGACAUGCCUCAUCGGCCAAUAUACGCCCUCGACCUGCGCAAUCAUGGAUCUUCACCGCAUGCGACACCGAUGACCUACAAGGCCAUGGCCCAAGACGUACAGAAUUUUAUAGAAGAUAAACAGCUGGAGGAGGUAGCUCUGCUGGGACACUCCAUGGGAGGAAAGGUCGCUAUGGCCUACGCACUUUCUCUUGACACAUACCAAGCACCGAGAGACACACUUUCGCGUCUUAUCAUAUCCGACAUUGCCCCUUCAAUAGGAAGACUAUCAAACGAGUUCAUCAAAUACGUAGAAGCGAUGCAGAGAAUAGAGGCGCUGGCGCCGGGCGUUAUCAAGACACGGGCGGACGCGGACAAGAGGUUGCAGCCCUAUGAACCCGACAUCUCUGUCCGCCAAUUCCUCCUCACGAACCUCCAACUGCCCAGCCAUUCACGGGCAGUCGCGCACGACGCGUCGAGCGAGAAGGCGAGAUUCAUUGUACCGCUCAAUAUCCUGACGCACUCGAUCGAAUCUCUGGGAUCGUUCCCUUAUGAAUACAAUGUAGAGGAUGGAAGCGUGCCGAAGACUUGGGAUGGGCCAACGCUGGCAGUGAAGGGCACCAGGAGCGCGUUUAUAAACCACAGGAAUCUUCCUGCCUUUGAGGCUUUCUUCCCGAAUAUGCGCCUGGAAGAGCUGGAUACGGGACAUUGGGUGCAUGCUGAGAAGCCCAACGAGUUCCGCAAGCUCGUGGUCGACUUCCUCGCCAGCUGA